GGUAGCAGCGCGGAGGGAGGAGCUUGGCGCGCGGCGCAGCGCAUCCGCAUGGCUUCGGCUUCCUCCGGCAGCGCCGGGCAGCUGCUGCGCUUCCUGCGGCUGGUGGGGCAGCUCAAGAGAGUCCCACGUACUGGCUGGGUAUACAGAAAUGUGGAAAAUCCAGAGAGCGUGUCAGAUCACAUGUACAGGAUGGCAGUUAUGGCCAUGGUGACCAAAGAUGACCAUCUUAACAAAGAUAGAUGUAUUCGCCUAGCCCUGGUUCACGAUAUGGCAGAAUGCAUCGUUGGGGACAUAGCACCAGCAGAUAACAUCCCCAAAGAAGAAAAACAUAGGCGAGAAGAGGAAGCGAUGAAACAGAUUACGCAGCUCCUGCCAGAAGACCUCAGAAAGGAGCUCUAUGAACUCUGGGAGGAGUACGAGACCCAAUCAAGUGCUGAAGCCAGAUUUGUGAAGCAGCUGGACCAGUGUGAAAUGAUCCUGCAGGCAUCAGAGUACGAAGACCUGGAGAACAAACCCGGCAGGCUGCAGGACUUCUAUGAUUCCACAGCAGGAAAAUUCAGCCAUCCUGAGAUAGUCCAGCUUGUUUGCGAGCUUGAGGCUGAGAGAAACUCAAGCCUAGCUGCCGCCUCCAGGGAGCCGAGCUCCUGAGCUGUUACUACUCCCCACUGCAUUAUUUCUCUGCCUCAUGGCAUUGUGUAUUGCCAUUGUUCAUCUGGUGAUUUCUUCAGAUACAAGCCUACUUAUUUCCUAAUAUCUGGACUUGAGCAGAAAUGUGAUCUUCUUUGGGCCACAGAAAAGGAAGUGGUAAUGAAAACUUCAUAGACCUGCCUUUUUAAUGAACAAAAUAAAUAUUAAACACUUUAAAAAUU